AUGUGGUACAUGGACAACCCUCACCGACACGCGUUCAAGUUGGAGGCAGCUUUUCCCGAGAGGCGAACAGACCGGGCUUACUGUCGUAACCCUUUCGCAUCCCAGACCACACCCUGGUGUUUCACAACCAACACUUCACUGAGAUACGAGGCGUGCAACGUGCCAUCUUGUCCUACCGAGUUCGAUGUAUUCACCGUCCAGGUUUAUAACACGAGCAGUAUGGGGCCUUUUGAAAACCAAGAGCAGUGUUUUUACUGGCAGAACUAUGAGACAUUGAAAUCAAUGGACAGUGAAAAUACGACUGUUGCAUGCGGCUCUAGAUCCAGGGUGAUCACUCUCUGCAAUUACCUUGAUGAAAACAGUACAUACCACUGGAAUUACGUCAUCAUGGACUGUGUUGCGCCAACCACUACUCCACACACUACAACUACAACUACGACAGUGGCACCAGCCACCCAACAAAGAUGCCCCAUCGAGACGUCCAAUGCGACGUGGGGCGAAAACCGGUUUCAGUGUUGGUGCGGACGUCAGUACACAGCGGAGGACUUGGAUUCGGAGAGUGUGGAGUUGAUGGAGAGGAUACGGAAUUACCUCACUGUCGACAAGACGAACCUCACGAGACACAGACGGCUCUUCUACAGCGUGCCCGACUACAGACCUUCGUCUAUGGUGAUGGGCACGUCGUCCAUCAUCAUCAUCUGCGUCGUCUUGACGUUCAUGACCUUGGCCGACCUCUCACGAUUGGUGGGCUGGGUUUAUGAGAGAGUUAGCAAGACCAAGAAUUAAAGUUGAUAUCUCACGUUUGUUGGGCUGGGUGUAUGGGGAAGUUAGUAAGACCAAGGAUUAAAGUUGAAACCUCACGUUUGUUGGGCUGGGUCUAUGAGAGAGUUAGCAAGACUAAGGGUUAAUUUCGGCUACGUACUACAAACAUUAUGGCGAUCACAAACACAUUGGAUAUACGGAUACUGGUAUCAUAAAAGAAAAUGCAUUCAGCAAUAGUCUAGUCACUCAAUAACUAACAAUCAACCAUUUGACUCGUGCCUGUACCUACAGAAAUUUCAGAUGUGUGUCAAUGGUGAAGGUGCUGGGGGUGGGCACCUGUAGGAAUCUCAAAGUGCAUAUGUGGAAGAUGAGCAUAUAUAACAGAUAAUACUUGUUAGUCUACGUUUCAAUACGGUACGUAGUUACCCAUUUUAAGCAUUGCAUCCACGUUCCACUCCCUGAGAACUGGAUGCGCCAUUUUUAAACAUUGCACCCCUUCCCUAGAAACAUCCAUGUUCUUUACCUAUCAGGUUCAAGCACGUCUGUCCUGAGCACCCCCUCUGAGUCCCACUGGAAAUAUGUCCACGACAGGAAUAAACAUGUCACAACAGACUGACAGUGUUUUUGCCAGAAAGAAAGAAAUUUUUGGGUAUGGCGCUAUCGAAUUGAAUGCAACCACAGUCAACAGGGAGUAUGGGAUUCUCCCCCAGAAAAACAUGGGAUAAAAUUAGUGUUAGGGUUAAUGAGUGCUUGUCUCAGGUGCUUUGGACAUAGAAUCGAACUGCCUUUGUGGACCCAAUCAUUGCAGCUUGACUGGUAUAUCAAAGACCGUUGUUGUUAUUAAUCGAAACAUGUAGUGUAGGUUUCUCUGUGACUGUAUGUCAAAAUUACUAAAUGUUUGACAUCCAAUAGCCAACAAUUAAUACAUAACAUUGCUCUAGAGGUGUUGUGUUAUGGCCGUGAGAUAUGAUAAAAUUCAACAACAGAUGUGUAAGUAAAAUUAUUUAGAUGUUAUUUAAUGUAUUUAUAGAAUCUAUGUCGACUAUUUCACUGUGUCUCAAUACUUCACAUGCAAUGACUCGAUGUUAUUUUAGAUUGUUUUGUAUUAAG